GAGAAGCUUGCUUACGCCAUGAUUUAUGAGCGCUUUACCGACAGUGAUGGAACCUCAAGACGAAGAAAUUACGAAGCUUUUAUCAAUUAUUGAAGAAAAAAAUCGAGAAAUUGAACGGCUGAGAAGCGUGAAUGUGUUGAAAGUUACACCCACAGACGUCUAUACAGAAUCUGAUGUUGAACAUUGCAAAAAGCCAUGUGCAAAGAAAGAUAAAUUGAUUAAUGCAGAGAUAUCUAGAUACAGCAGGCAACUUAUUCUACCUGAAAUAGGUGUUAAAGGACAGAUAUCAUUGGGUAAUACCUCAGUCCUGAUUGUUGGUGCCGGAGGCCUGGGAUGUCCGUCUGCUGUUUAUUUGGCUGCUGCUGGUAUAGGAUGUUUAGGGUUGGUUGACUUUGAUGAGGUGGACUUGAGCAACCUCCACAGACAAAUUCUUCACUCAGAGGUCAAAGUUGGUAUGCAGAAAAGUUUGUCAGCAGCGCAAGCAUGUAAUAGUUUAAACUCGUUUGUGAAGUGUGUACCAUAUCAUCUGCCUCUAAAUAGUUCUAAUGCACUAGACAUUAUACAACAAUAUGAUAUUGUACUAGAUUGUACAGACAAUGUGGCCACCAGAUAUCUGCUCAACGAUGCCUGUAUACUGGCUGGUAAACCACUAGUCUCAGGCAGUGCUCUUAGGUUUGAAGGACAGUUGACAGUGUAUAAUUACAAGGGUGGACCAUGUUAUAGAUGUUUAUACCCGAAACCCCCACCCCCAGAGACCGUCACUAAUUGCUCAGAUGGUGGUGUCCUUGGAGUCAUUCCUGGUAUAAUUGGUAGUUUACAGGCUUUAGAAGCAAUUAAAAUAGCUGCUGGGCUUGACAGUUCAUAUAGUCAGAAGUUAUUGAUGUAUGAUGGAUUAGAUGGUACAUUCCGUACAAUACGUCUAAGGGGCAGACAACCCACCUGUCCUGUAUGUGGUGAUAAUCCUACUAUAACACAACUGAUAGAUUAUGAACAAUUCUGUGGGGCAAAGGCAACAGACAAGGACAAGAACAUUGAGGUAUUGGGGACCAAUGACAGAAUCACAGCAAAGGAGUACAAGUCAUUGUUGGACAGUGGUCAGCCACAUGUAUUACUAGAUGUAAGACAACCUGUAGAGAUGGACAUAUGUCAGUUACCCAAGUCUGCUGUCAAUAUUCCAAUAGGGGCUAUACAUAAGUCAUCAAGUAUAGAUCAGCUAUCUGCUAGCAUAGACUCACUUGGUCAAACCACAGAACAAGUGCCUGUAAUCUGUGUAUGUAGAAGGGGAAACGACUCUCAGCUAGCUGUACAGAAAAUUAAACAAGAGUUAUCUACUCAUAAAGCUGUGAUAAAAGAUAUUAAAGGAGGACUGACAGCCUGGGCAAAGACAGUGGAUCCAGAGUUUCCUACAUAUUGAAUUUGUGUACAACUACCAGCUGGAAGGAAAAUGAAUCUAGUUGUGAUACAAGAUUUGAAAGGAAAAGUUUUAAUAACUUUUGUAUAUGGAUAAAAGUGAGAAAUCAAAGAGCACUGGCAGUUUGAAAUUGCAACAUUUAUUUGGUAAUUACUAGGAAUGGGUUUGGUUAUAUUAUUCAAGAAAACAAGAAGUUUUCAAGAUGCAGAAAGGGUGAGUCAGUGUAUUGAAGAAUCUUUACAUGGAGAGUUAGUUUCGUGUUUCGAAAGGUUGAAAUAGAUGAAAUGAAAUGAUGAUUGAAAUGAUGACAGAAAUAUACAUUUACUUGAUAAAAUUUAAAAUGUUUAACCAGAUUUUCACUUAAAACGUGUUUUUUAACCAUACAAAAUAAGGGAAGUAGGUUUAAUUAAGAUCAGUUCCACCAUACAUUUGAUAUUUCUAUGAAUUGAAAUUUUAUAAUAUUGAUGUUAAAGGCCCAUGAUGCCCUAGAAAUGAUUUUAUUUCUAUUUCUCAAAGCUUUUUAUUUUUGGUAUCCUGUUAUUAUUUCCAAAAUGUUACUCAUUGGCCAAUUACUUAAACGCCUCUUGUUCUGUUGCUUUUUAGCACUACUUAUGGCACAUAAAGCCCAAAAAUUAUUUGACAUAAAGUCAAAAGAUUGACAAAACAGUGGAAUGUGGGGGCACACGUGUCCUGUGGACACAUUUCUAGUUAUUCACUUUUUUGGUCUGAUAAAGAGUUAAUUACUUUGAUAAGCCACUUUCAUGCUACAAUUGCAUUGGUAUCUUUAUAAUCACAAAGACAAGGCAAAAUGUACGAAAAUACAAUAUGAGUUUCACCACAGCUUCUCUUUCCGCAACACGCUUAUGGAGCAACUUCAACUCUUUUUGUCCUUCUGUGCCUCAUCUUAUUCCGCAAGACGAGCCAACAGUCUCUUUCUCUCAUCUGCAUCACGGAAAAGCUUUGCUGGUGAAGCAGUAAGUUUUACCUCGUCUGAUUUAUCCGGGGCUCCGACAGGUAGACUCAAUUAACCCGGAACCGGAGCGGUACUUUCUUUCCCAGAAACAUGCUUUCCUUGGGACUUAACCAUGCUGGUUUUGCCAAUUUUGUCCGGAAUUGUGACUACAGUACAUUUACUGCCAGAAAGUUUCAUAGAAACCAUAGGACUCAAAUCUUCCGUGCUAUGCUUAGUCGUAGUAACGUCACCUGCACUGAUGGGACUAAAACCCAUAGCCAUUUUUUUAUUGACAAUAACCUUCCUAACUCUUGUUCUCCUCAUUCAAAGCAGAACUUAUAUAACAUAUAGUUCUGUAUUAAAAGUUAAAAAAAAAACAAAUACAGAACACGAGAAAGUUUUUCCCCACUGGAAAACUCAUCAGAAAAAAAUGUUAAACUGGACCAUGUAAAAUUGUAUCCAACAAAAAAGAAUUAACAACUAAAAUAUCAUAUAUUUUUCUAAAUGGCCACAGUAAAGACCACCAAAAUUAAACAUUACAUGAAAAAUGUGCAAAAAACCAGUAGAACAACUAAUUUAUAAUACCGGGGAUGAAUACAAUAAAAUCAGUCAAGCAUAUCAAAACAAGUUGCUAAUUUUGAAGGGAGAUGAUCGUGCCUACCAACUUAAAUAGAUUGAUCUAAAGUAUAUAAACCAGGUAACAGACUUAAUAAUAAAAAGCCCCUGUCAAUAUCGAUAAUUAAAUGUCAAUAUUGAUAAUUAAAAGAUUUAUGCAAGUUAUUAUUUUUAUCUUUAUUUCCUCCAUAACUGAAGAGCAUUUACAUAAUAUUGAAUAUAAUAUGCAUAUUACAGUUCGUACAAAGGAUCAUAUUUACAGUAUACAUAAAUACAAGAUCUAUAUGUAUAAUAUAAAUGAGUAAAGAAAAGGCAUAUUUAUAAUAUGUACAAACAUUCAUAUAUUUACUCAUACUGUAAAGUAACUAAUGCAAUUAAUCUGCGUCUUUGAUUUACUAACUGUGUUAACUAGGUCUGAAUCUUGGUUAUUGCUUUUACUGUUGUUAUAUUGUCUUGGGAAAAUAGGUGGAACUUCUAAUAAUCCAAUAUCUAUGUUUUGUUCUGUCAGAUUUAUUUCUAUCAAUAAUUCAAGGAAUGGUUUGAUAUUAUCAAUGAGGUCAGUGCUGUUUGUAUGCAUUGGAUAAAUGCAGUUGUCCAUUCUUUUGUGAUGUCACAAGGGAAAUGCCAGAAGUGAAUGACUGUUUUGACCCCAUCUCUUAAUUUGACAGUAUCAGUGGUGAGAUAGAUUAGACCAUCUGUUGUAUUUC